AUGGCUGUCUCUGCUAUCAGGAAUUGGUGGAAUACGUACCAUUUGGACAAAUCGGACACCUGUGACUCCAACACUGAGGAAGAUGAGCAGGAAUUAGCAGGGAGGAGACAAUCUGUGUCCAUAAACCUAAGUCAGACUCUGCGGACCAGGCAGCUGCUCAUAGAUUUUGAUGGUGGGCGACCUAUUUUGACCCUCAGGGCACCGCUGGACCUGGUUAACUUUCCAUCAAUCUCCCGUCCCCGCUGGCCGAUAGAGUGUGAGGUCAUCAGUGACAUUAUCCAUCACAUAGAGUGGGACCCCCCGGAGCCAGAGCCUUUUUAUCAGCACACGGGACAUGAGAGGACACCGAUGCCAGUUGGAGAGGAGAGAGGGAAAGUGGUAUACUGCACUGACCAAGCCACUAAGCGUCCCUAUUUUACCUGCUCUCGUGUUGGAGGGAGCAGGGGGCCCAUUAAGAGUGCCACUUCUUCUGAAGGCAAUCAGACAGAAUUCACCCUUGAGUUUGAGUCACGCUUUGAGAGUGGGAACCUUCAGAAAGUUGUGCAAGUCGGUGUCUAUGAGUAUGAGCUCACCCUGCGCACAGACAUGUACACCACAAAGCACACGCAGUGGUUCUACUUCAGGGUCAGGAACAUGAAGGCUGGUGUCACCUACCGCUUCACUAUCAUCAACCUGAUGAAGAGCAGCAGCCUGUAUUCUCUGGGUAUGAAACCGCUCCUCUACUCUGAGAGGGCUGCAGAGGAAAAAGGUGUUGGAUGGCAACGCAUCGGCUCCAACAUCAGAUACUACCGUAACUUCAGUCAGAAUCCCAAGGACAACAACAGUGACGUCAUUGCCAUGUACUCACUCACCUGGACUCUCCAGUUUCCUUACGACUCGGACACCUGCUACCUGGCUCACUGCUACCCCUACACCUAUUCACACCUGCAGCGCUAUCUUAGGCGUAUUUCUUCCAACCCAGCAAUUGCCUCAUUCUGUAAAUUACGGGUGCUGUGCCACAGCCUUGCUGGGAACGCCGUGUAUGUUGUGACAAUAACGUCCCAGGGCGUUGGCAGGGUGGAGGGCAAGACCAAGAAGGCUGUGGUGGUGACGGCCCGAGUGCACCCUGGAGAAACCAAUGGGUCCUGGAUGAUGGAGGGGUUGCUGGACUUCCUGCUUGGGGACUCAGAAGAUGCUCAACUACUCAGGGACACUUUUGUCUUUAAGGUGGUGCCAAUGCUGAACCCUGAUGGUGUGGUGGUGGGAAAUUACCGGUGUUCUCUGGCAGGCAGGGAUCUCAACAGAAAUUACAAGACAAUGCUCAGGGACUUCUUUCCAUGUGUGUGGCACACCAGAAACAUGGUGGAAAGGCUGGUGGCCGAGACGGAUGUUGUUCUUUACUGUGACUUUCAUGGCCACAGCCGCAAAAACAAUGUCUUCAUGUACGGUUGUAACAGCCGAGGCGAUGCCUCUCUCAAGCUUCAUGAGAGAGUCUUUCCGCUAAUGAUGAGCAAGAACGCCAGCAACAAGUUCUCCUUCAAGAGUUGCAAAUUCAGGGUACAGAAGAGCAAAGAGGGAACAGGACGAAUCGCCAUGUGGAGACUUGGCAUCAGAAACAGCUACACUAUGGAGGCCACCUUUGGAGGAUCCACUCUAGGUGACAGGAGGGGAACACAUUUUACUACUCGAGACCUGAAGUCCUUGGGCUUUUAUUUUUGUGACACCCUGUUGGACUACUGUGACCCUGAUCAAACAAAGACCACUUACUGUCUGGCAGAGUUGGCUGUGCUGUUGAGAAAGGAGAUCAGGGAAAGGCUGGGCAAAGAUUUUGGCACUGACUGUAACAUCUCUGUAUCUGACCUAGAAACCAGCACCAGUGGUUCAAAUAGUUCAGAUUCAGACGGACUCCCAGUGCAUUUACUGAACCAACCACAAAGUCUCCAUCCAGAGCAAACUCCAGUGAAGAAGAAAAAGAAACGCUUGAGGAGUCAUAAAGAGAGGAACAGGCUGCGAACAGAGAGAGUGAAGAACAACAAACAGCCAAAGGUUCUGCAAAGCAGCAUCAAAAAUAUUGAGUCCAACCUGCCACAUGAGACCCCAGUCAAAGAGACCAUCCCAGAGAGGCCUGCUGGAAGGCACAGGAAAAAGUGGCAGGUAAAUGGCCUGAUAAAGAAAGCUGUGAUCCCUCCUCCCACUACUCACCCAGGGGAGGUCGGUCAGGUGACUCUGUGGCAGGGUUGUGAGCCUGUCAAGGAUGACUGUCUGGAAAACAUGAGGGCUUCAUACCUGCAUCGCAGGGCAAAAGCAUGUCCACAUAUCAGCACAUACACAUCUGUGUCACCUCACACAGAUGGCCCAGGGAUGGAUACAAGACAGUGGCGAUGCUCCUCUCAGCUGCUGCACCUGAGCGCUCUCAUUCCACCUUCACCAAAUUUCAUAUAUCCCAGCCAGCACCAGCAUCACUACCCCCAACAAUCCUUUGUCUCUUACAGAGUCCACAGAGGGAUACCAUCUUCCCUCACAACGCCCCACAGGUCUCCCUCAUCCAUGUGUGUCAAGAUGGUUUCGGACAUUAUUCCAACAAAGCGCCUGCUGUCAAGUCUCACCAGUGACAAGUUCAAUGGCCGGUGUAUUUACAGAGACAGAAAGUCUGUACAGGUCUCAGAACGUUACUUUGUGCCUGAGGAUCCCUCCACCACACAUGCAGUUGUAACCAGGACUAAAUGGCAGAAUGAGGAACAGGAAGACAAUGCCUCCGAAGUUGGUUUGUCACUGUUGAGAUGUAUACCACUUGGAGAGCAGAACCAGAGAGACCUCACCCCUGACAUCCCUCUGAGAGAAACUGAAUCACACAGCAAUUUAUUAGUGCCUGUACUAAGGCCCACAGACCCAAGAGCAAAAAGACUAUCCAAAGAGACUUUGGAGGACAAAAGGCACGUGGGUGUUUUACCCCCUGUGUCAAAGCCUUCAAGCUUCAUGAAAAUGAAACUUCCGCAACAACAGAGUGACACCCUCAGUAGGCUUCAGGCAACGGGCAUCAGGCACUAUCACUCUGGAAGAGAAAGCCAAAUAAGUAUGGAUCCGUAAGUGACAGUGGUCACAAGAACAUCUCUUUGCUCCAAUUUAGGGCUCAGUAAUUAAAAUUCAGAAACUACAGAGUGAUUUUUAUUCUCUCUGCUCUCUGGCCAGUGAUGUGAACCUCCACUCAUCAGAGAAUAUGAUUUUUGCUACCUCAUUUAUACAGAUCUCAUGACAGAAGGAGAGAAGUGAAACAAGUAAGUAGUAAAAAGUAAUAUUUUCUAUCCAUAGGCAAUAUUUUACUGGGAUUAAAUUUUGAUAAAAUUGAUAUAAACUCUGUAAAACCUGCAUAAUGUUAAUUAAAUGCUAAU